AUGAAGAGGUCUCUUCUUGAACUCGAUCCUCAGGCAGACGCCCUACUAAUUCUUCAAAAGCCAAACUUGGAAUCGUCUCACUUGUCAACAUAUGGGUGUGCAUCGGCGAGAGUCAUAGGUCGGCUUGAUGAUCCCGUGUAUUUUGAGCCAGAAGAGGAUGAAUCGGCGGGGCGAUCAGACUUGAACGAAGAGAUGAGAUCGCUCCAGACAUACCUGGAGAACGGGGAUCCAAAUCAGGUUGUAUUUCGCGUCUCUGCUAAACAUCUCUGCCUCGCGUCACCAGUCUUCCGAAGAAUGAUCCAGGGCCAAUUCAAAGAGUCAGAACCAAAUGAACAAGGACUCUUCGAGAUCAGAACAUCAGAAUGGGAUGCCGAGGCUCUCCUUAUUAUCCUUGAUAUCAUACAUGGCCAUCACUCCAGCGUUCCCAAACGACCAAGUCUGGACGUCAUAGCACAGAUCGGGAUUAUAGCCGACUAUUAUGACUGCCUCGAGGUUGUUAAAACAUUCUUCCAGCACUGGCACUUGACUAUGAAAAUUUGGGAGAACUAUUCAAUUCGGCCGUCUGGUACCACGGGUGCGCUAGCCUUGCUAGACCCCACAGCGUGUGGCUUACCUCCCCUGCCUGGCAGGGUAAAGCCGUUUGACGACGAGGCAACGAUUGGCCUAUUCAUGGCCUGGAUAGUCCAAGACCAUGCACGGUUCAGGGACUUGACUGUGUCCGCAGUAGUCACCACAGAUGCACUUGUGGAAACUGCUCUGCCUAUACCAGCUAAAAUCUUCGAAGCGAUAUACAACCAGAGUUGCCAAAUCAUUGAUUACUUAGUUUCCAAGAUCUAUAACUUGAAAGACGAUCUGGAGGCAGGACGCGUUGGUUGCUAUCCACUAUGCUCCUGGAGACUCCGGGAAGUCUUCAUGAGUCGAAUGGGUAUCCGGGGUCUGCCAAUGAUAAAGCCGGAAAGCCCGCUUCGGUGUUAUAACACUGUUUCUUCAGUUGUCAGUAUUAUCGACUAUCUUGGUUAUAAAUAUCCUAUCUGGAGAUGUGGUUGCGAACUCAAGUCGCCCUAUAACUUACGCCUAUAUACGCAAGACCUGAGCAAUCUUGUGUCAGGUCUGGACCUGAACGACUUCCUGUAA